AUGGUGUGUGAUGGCCUACAAACUGUGACCCAACCACCUCAAUUUGACAACCCUCGACCAAAUCAGGAGGCAAACAAACAAGUGUCGCUCAAUACCAAAAAUCCUCGAUAUCACAUCAUUGGCCCCUGCAGCGUCCUAAAAUUACUGCAAUAUCAAUUUAACAUUAAUACAUUUCACACAGGAGUGGCUACCCGCAACGGCCGUGACUCACCGGCAGCCAUCGAGAUACGUGGACUCAGCCACGGUUGGCUCCGAACAGUCAGAUGGCCAAAAACAGGACAAAAUGUAAUAACCACCAGAAUACAGCGUACGUUAUAA